CUCGAAGGCAAAAAAAAACUCCAAAGGCAAGAAAGAACUCCUCCUAUAACCUUUCCGGGCCUUGAUCCUUAGCGAAACCACCGUCGCCAUGUCUGUUCAGCUCCCGUUCGGUCACAAGCACGUCACCACAGCGACCAUCCUCUGUUGUAACUGUGGUGUCCCCAUCCCGGCACCGGAGGGAAGUGCACCCGCCCUCUGUUACGACUGUAUCAAGUUGUCUGCCGAUAUUACCGAUGGUAUUCCAAGAGAAGGUACCCUUCACUACUGUAAGAACUGCGAGCGUUACCUUCAACCACCAAGCGCAUGGGUUGCCGCACCUCUCGAGUCUCGUGAGCUCCUCUCGUUGUGUCUGCGAAAGCUGCGUGGUCUGAACAAGGUUCGAUUAAUUGAUGCUGGGUUCAUUUGGACGGAACCUCACUCCCGAAGAGUCAAAGUCAAGUUGACGGUGCAGAAGGAGGCGUUCACGUCCACCAUCAUCCAACAGACGUUUGAAGUUGAGUACACUAUUGCGUACCAGCAAUGUCUGGAUUGUGCGAAAAUUUGGGCGAACAACACUUGGAAGGCAAUGGUUCAGAUCAGACAGAAAGUCAAUCACAAACGUACCUUCCUUUACCUCGAACAACUUAUUUUGAAGCAUCAUGCGCACAAAGAUACAACGAACAUCAAGGAAGUCAAGGAUGGCCUUGAUUUCUACUACGGUAACCGAAAUCAAGCCGAAAGAAUGCUGGAAUUCCUGGCAGCUGUGGCACCCAUCACCUCGAAGAAGAGUGAGGAGCUUAUCUCUAUGGAUACGCAUACGAGCGUGCACUCGUAUAAGUUCACGUUCUCUGUGGAGCUGCCACGAGUCACCAAAGAUCAGCUUAUCUGCUUACCACGCCGUCUCGCUCAGUCUAUGGGGAAUAUGGUUCAGCUUUGCCUCUGCAGUCGUAUGGGAACAAACAUUGAGUUCCUGGACCCGAAUACCCUUCAGACCGGAUCCAUGACAGCAGCAACCUACUGGUAUCAACCGUUCGAAUCUCUUGCUGACAUCGGAUCAAUGGUGGAGUAUACUGUGUUGGAUGUUGAGCUUCUGGGCCCUACACACAAGAGAUGGGCUUUGGCUGACGUUCAAGUUAUGCGUACAUCGGACAUGGGCAAUAAUGAUGAUCUCUACAUUGUUCGCUCACACCUAGGCGGCAUUUUGAACCCCGGCGAUACUGUUAUGGGAUACCACCUCGUUACUUCCAAUUUCAACAAUGAUGACUACGAUAAGCUCAAGCCGGAGCAGAUUCCGGACAUCAUCUUGGUGAAGAAGUCAUAUCCCAAUGCCAGGAGAAAGAACAGGGGAAGGAACUGGAAGCUUAAGAGAAUUGCAAAGGAGGAGAGUGAAAUGGCUCCUCGCAAGCAGGAUAAGGCAAAGCAAGAAGCUGAUUAUGAGGCAUUCUUGCGUGAUCUUGAGGAGGAUGCGGAGCUUCGACAGACAGUCAAUGUCUACAAGGAUCAGGAAGCACAGGCUCGGAAGACUCUCCCGGUUGAGGACGUCGAAAUGGAGUCUGACGGUGAGGUUGAGGAGGACUUCCCUGAGAUUCCUGUGGAUGAGUUGUUGUCUGCAAUGGACAACAUGACGAUUGAUGCCGGUGCUUAUGACAAUGGUGAAGAAGGUGAUUUGGCUGCUUGAUGUGAACGAGUGAAUGGGGUUGUGGGAUUACAUUGCAUCAUUGGGCUGUCUUCUGGGUUGGUGCUUUGCUAGUUUGUUAAGAAUACCAUUACUUGCACAAUCACUUGAGUUCUGCACUGUGUGCACGUUUGUCUGGGGUUCCAUCCCUUGCUAAUGAAAGAAUGAGAUAGUAGACGUGUUGGCUAUUCUACUAAAUCACCCCAAUAGCAAAGUGCUCUUGUCCUCAAGAAGUUCUCGGUAUCGCGUUUGCCCUUCGCUCUAUUUUGGUUUCCU